CAUGUGUGUGCAAGACGUAUAAAGCUCAGUGCAUGUCUAUAAUCAAUGCUUGUAAAAUUAAUGAAUAGAAAAAGAGGAUUUGUGCACGUACGGAUAUGGUUUCCACAAUUUCCAGGAGUAGUGAUGCAAUCGGAUCAAGAACUCAUCAUCAUGUGCAAACCUCCUGAACCUACUGUUAUAGAAAAUAAAGCAGCUGGAUUUGCUGGUAGUUUUCCUCAUGGCGCAAGGGUCUCAGGCGUGGUAGAGGAGACACCUGGACGGCUUGAGUACGAAGUGGCUUUGUACAAAGAAGCACCCGCAACUCGCUUGGGCAAUGCCACCACUGGAGAGUUACCUGUAGACCAGGCGGUACCAAUCGGUACCAAGCUGCAACUGCGUGCUAGGAUCAGCCCUGAUUCGGCAUGGAAGUAUGUCAAGCUGAUGGAAGUGACAGUUAGUCCAGACCCUGAUGAUCCGCAUAUGUCUGGAAGUGUCGCUUUAGUCAGAGAUGGAUGUCGAAAUCGGGACUUUGCCUCUAUCAUACCUCACCAACCAGCCAGAUAUCGCGAACGUCCAAACGAAGUCUUUCUGGACUUUGAAGCAUUUUUACUGAGCAGCAUGAAGGAAAGAUCGACCCUUUGGAUCCAUUCGCAAAUCAAAGCCUGCAUGGAGGCCAUAGACUGCCAGCCUGACUUCUGUUUGGACCUGUUCGAACCGUCGGGUCAUGGCAGAAGGAGGAGACGUAAUGCUGAGAUUGUCGAGAUAAUGGAAACUCCAAAUGCUAAUGCUUUGAGGCAUCAUAACGCCAGUACACAGUAUACGAAGAUUUUAGGUAACCUGGAGUACACCGUCCUCAUGCCAGGCGAGUUCUACCACCGCACUGCAACCAUGGAGAGCAGCUGCGGUACCUUCCUGGUGAUCGCAGCCAUCUUAGGGUGUCUUUUGUUUCUCUCUGCAUUCAUCAUGUGUUGGCUCGCCUCCAAGUUACACUCAGUUCUCUUAGGAGCCGCGGUAGAAAGCAAGAAUAUGGACCAGUUCGUCAGAGACAGGAGGUACUCGGAUUCCGGAUGCGGAUAUACCGGAAGAGCAACCACCCAGUGACAAACAGCAACGAACGCCACUGGCGACGAUAGAGCUGACGCCAUUGGCGCCGAGGAAGCGAUUAUUUAUUAGAGAUAAACUGAUCAACGGUGCCCUCAUAGGGAUUGCAAUUUCGCAAAACGCGGGAUCCCGGACCCCCAGAAAGCGGAUACGCUAAUUCCGCAAGAUUAAAAAUUGGCGCUAAAUAUUUUGCGAAAAGCGCACAAACGAUAUUCACAAUUUUUGCUGUUAUUCUUUAUUUAGAUAUUAUUUAUACAGAUUGUGUCAGCCAAUUUUAUGAAGUUUGCUUUGCUGCAGAAUUUAAUUACCUAGUUCGAAAGCACGUUAUUUCUGAGUUGAUAUUUUUCACAUUGUAGGAAGCAUUCCCAAAACCUUAAGCUGGUUUAUUAUAUCAGUUAUGAGUAGGUGGAUCUUUCGGAGUAGUACAAUUAACAGGGUGCUUGUGAUUUGGAAUCGAAUUUUGAUAUAUCUCGAUUCUUGCUUCUUGGUCAAUAGAGAGGGAAGUUCUAUAAUCGCGAAAAACCUUGAUAUUGCCAACUGGUGAAGAAUAAUAUCUCUUAAAUUGUUAAUAUUUACUCUAUUACACCAAAACCAAAAAAUGAAUACCAUAUUUUUCCCUCCUAAAGGACCGUAAAACCUUAAUUCAAAGAUAUAUUUUUCUUUGACAGGCGAAAACACUGUCCGCCAUGGUUGGCCCAUAUAUUAAUUUGUUCUGACGUCAUACCAUUUGUAAACAACAGCUGACAACAGCAUAACCUCUCAUAUACGCAACACUGUGUAUUUCUUGAAGCAUACCUUAAUUUCCGGACAUAUUUUACGUUUUAUUACACAGUUCGUAUAGUCUCGUUUAAGUGGGAUGUAACAGCAUCAUCAGCCUUGCAGAUGUGUAAGAAGAAAUACAAUAUUAGAUAAAAUUAUUCCGAGAUUAUGACGCGUGAGCUAAGUUUUGAAUGACUUCUGGAAAGGACUUACAUACUUCUUCAUUUUAUAUCUAUCAUUAUAUAUAUUAGGUGCACUGUACUUACGUAGAAGUCUUGAUGUUUCUUAGCUCAGCGGAGCAGAAGUCCAACCAUUAAUGUGUCAAUUUUCGGCAAAUUUGUGCUUUCUGCGUUUACGAAUCCAACGUCCAUGGUUGGUUUUUCAAUAAAAUGAGAAAACGAUAACUUUUUACGUUGAAGAAGAGUAUUUUAGAAAUAGUUAAAGAAGACGUUACUCUACGACUAACAUACGGAUGACGUUUCUUUGUUUACAAUUUGUAUGACGUCGCAUCAUGGUACCGAUAGUGCUUUUACCGUUUUAUGUUAAAAUAUUUUUUAAGUUGUUCUUUUAAAAAUUGAAAUUGAUAUAUUAUGUUAUUUUAAGCCAAAUGCUGUAAGACUAGAUUAGAUAUGAAUCAAGUAGUUAUGUAAUUUCCCGCGUAGCAGCCUAAAAGUCAAUCAUCUAGGGGACAACUUAUACCUACAGGUUUUACGAAUUUAUAUUUUAUAUAUUUAUAGCUUAAAAACAGAAGUUUUUCGUAAAACCUGCAAGCUGUCCUCCAGCUAAUCAACUGAUGUUCAAGCGCUACAUAAGAGAUUACAGGGUGUUAGUAUAGUAUCAAAAAAGAAUUGCAGGUUGGAGUUCCAUUUUUUAAGACCUCAAAUACCCUACGAACCUCGUGUUAAUAAUCGGCUCCUCUAUUAUGGAAAGAAUCACUUAUUGAAUUGUGGGCAUAUUUUGGUAUGAAGCUACAAGCAUGCCAAAAGUGAAGUUAUGUAUUAUUUUUAGGGUGCGGGAUCCCUCUGGAGCAUGCGCACGAUUAAUUAUUCCCGCCUAUUAAUCUGGUGGGAUCUAAUCCUUUUUUACGCAAUAUUCUGAAUUUGUAAAUUUGAGCCACCUGGGAUGUUCCUUCCCUCGCUCUUUGAAAAAGUUUUGGAGUCAUACUUUUACACAGUAAAACGAAAGGAGAAAAUUUCGUAUUAUUGAUGUUGGAACCCCUUUUUUCUUUUCAAGAUGUUUCGGGGACCGAUACCCACUUAGUCUAAAUGCUAACGCCUCCCAAAAAAGCCUGUAUGCCUUGAAGUGAUUAUUAAAAAAUACAUAAAACAUAAACAUUACUGUAGAGUACAAGCAUAUGUUCUGUAAGCCCUUCUACUGAAGAAUGUCCUUGGAUAACGGCAAUGUUUACAGCUAUUUCCUCUUAGAUGAUUCUUAUUGAUGGAAAUAUUCCUAAUAAAGAGCGCAUUCAGGAAGCUACUGCUGAAAACGUUAAGGUACGCGCCCAUAGGUACUCGUUCGUUGUAAACGGAUUGAUCAUGUUAGUACUACUUGCUCUUAACUUUCUUGUAUGACUUUUUGUGAACAAAAGUUGUAGGAUCUAAACUUUGUAUGUAGCACAACGAAGAUUGAAAGAAAGCAAAUAAUGUAAUGUUUUCAGCUGCUCACUAUUUGAAGCUAACAUGCCAUUAUAAUUUAUUUCUAUCUAGAUGUAAUAUAUUAAGUAUAGUUCACAAAUAAGAAUCCUCAUUUUUGAAAUAUACUAGUAAAUCAUAAGCGUUCUGUAGUUUCCUGGAAAGAGUAUAUCCUUCCAAAUAGCUACUAUACAUUAUACAGUAUGUUACAAUGAGUGUUACACAACUGGGUCAUUACAGAAAGUGUAAAUGGCAGAACAGUCUCGGUGUUAUCUAGAGAGAAUACGUUAAUCAAUGAUGUUACCAAUCCGAAUAGUGAUUGUGCGAUUUGACAAAUCGGGAGAUAUGGGGUUAUAGUUACAGGUCGGAUUCAUCAUUAGGUGGAAUCAUCAAGCUAGUGUCAUCAUUUAUACUACGUUCGAUGACCAGCAUUUUCACAA